UAAGCAACGAGUGGUCUAGAAACAGCCAAUUUGCCUCAAACAGCUUUGCAAUGGAGCCUCCCACUUUUCCACACAGUCCAGAGGAUUGCAAAAUAUGCCAUUAAAAAACAAAAAAAGGUUUUCUGGGAACUUGAUCUGUUUCGCCAUCAGGGUAAAACAAGAUCUCGAGAAGGGAAAAACACAGCUCAGAAGGGGACCAUUUUGCUCUGCAAGGCAGUGCGGCGGACACCAUGGCUCAGACGACUGCCUGCUGGCUGCUGCUAUUCCUGAUGGUCCUGCCAGCGCUUACCCAGAGGGAAUCCCGUUCCGAGAAAUUCCGCCGGCAGCACAUCGACUUCCCAAAGACCAGAAGCGACAUGGAUGCCCGGCGCUAUUGCAACCUCAUGAUGCAGAGAAGGGGGAUGACCGACGGUGUUUGCAAACCUUCCAACACCUUCAUCCAUGGGGACCCCAUGGCAGUAGAUGCCACCUGCGGUGACGGGGGGACCUACGCCAGCGAGAAUUACUAUGACAGCAACACACCCUUUGACCUCACAGCUUGCCGCAUUCUUGGGGGAGGCUCCCAGAGACCCCCCUGUAACUACAGAGGCAGGUCCACCUCCCAGCGCAUUCGGGUCGGCUGCACUAACGGGGUGCCGGUUCACUUCAAAAUGCCUCUUUAGAUGUCUCUGUUUACUUGUAUUGAAUCACAAUGCUUUAAAUCCCUUUUUAGAAUCGGGUAGAAUUUUAAAAAAAAAUCUAUUUCUGUUUGUGUAUCUCAACUGCAAUUUGCCUUUUCAAAUGCUGCGGUUUGCUUUCUCUGAGGCGCAGUCCCUCCAGCCUUUCCCUCCUGCUUUUGUAUUUUAAUAAAAUGCAUGCCAUCUAGUGCUCAUAAAGCAAUAUGAAUGCAUUUUCCUAUCCUUGCAUUUUAACACCCGCUAAAGAUUAAGGCUGAGAUCUGAGAACACCUGUGACUGAAUGGUCUUCUCUUGCAGUUUCAUGCAAUAAAAUAUUCCUUUACAUA